AAAUACCUCGGGCGUCUGUGCGCCAUAAACCCAGCCGUCGGGGAUGCAGAACCAGUAAGCCCCAGUGAUUAGCGGAAAUACAACCACACUCCCUCCGAGGCGCAUCGCAAGGCAACUCAGUGUAAGGAAGACUGGAUGAGCCGUGUCAAUAUAUUCUCCCAAGUUUAACGACGCCAUCAGUCUAGUGCCUUACCAACACUUCCUGGACCGUCUUUGGCCAUCUCGCUGCCGCGAACGAUUGCACGCGAACACCUUGACCCCGCACUUCCGCCUUCUGCCUCAGACAAUGGCCUCGGAGCAUCCAACAACGGCGUUAGCACCCAGCUACCGCAUUGCUGGGAUGGAGCUGUUCCACAUUGAAGCGGACAUGGCCUCUCUCCUCAACGAUAUGAGCGACGAAGACCUUCAUUCUUUCGCCGAGUCGCAAGAAGACCCCGCGAGUGAUGAACAGAUCGAAUUGUACAUUUACGCCUGCUUCCUUGUUUCAAAAGGUUAGCCUCAGCAGAACACCUCGAGCAGGCUGUUCAGAGAACAGAGGGAUGGGUCGCAGUUACGCCUACCGACCACCCGGAUCGCACCCGGCGACUUGACAUUUUCGGCAUGCUGUCGGCCUGGGGACGCCAGGCCACGUCCAUAUUGGAAGACAUUGUACCUACGCUUCCGGGAGUUAACCAAGAGUCAAUGUUUGACGAAACCGGCAUCAACCAAGCAGCAAGACUGGCGGAUAAUUACCAGCAAACGGGCCGUUUCGAAGACUUAGAAGAAGCUGUCAGAAUUAUGGAACAGGCAGUGGACAUCGGAGGAGAAUCUAUCCAGCCUAAUAUGUUGAGCAACCUUGGGGUGAUGCUCGGUAUGCGAUUCGAGCGGACCGGUUCGAUAAGCGAUCUCGAC